CUGCUGGUCUUGCGGUGGGCUGUUGCCCUGCACCCUUACUCCGGAGAGAAGAAGCCUCCUAUGUAUGGGGAUUAUGAGGCUCAGCGCCACUGGAUGGAAGUGACACACAACCUGCCUGUAGAGGAGUGGAGGUGGUGGAUGAAUCCGAUGGCUGCGGUGGUAAAUUCAAUGUAAUUGUGGUUUCUGAUAAGUUUGAAGGAAAACCUCUCCUUCAACGGCACCGGCUAGUUAACUCAAUAUUAGCUGAGGAAUUAAAAGUUAUUCAUGCAUUCUCUCAAAAGACUUUGACACCCGAACAGUGGGCAAAACAAAAUACAGUAUAGCAUAAGUUUGGUGAAAUCAGUGCCUACAGAUCAUCAUGGAUAGCCUUCCAUCAAAAUUCAGCAUCACUGCACCCGGAAAAGUUAUCCUUCAUGGGGAUCAUUCAGUUGUAUAUGGUCAUCUUGCCAUGGCGGCCAGUCUUGAUUUGAAAACUAAAAUCGAGUUCACGUCCCUGGAUUCUGCCAGUUCUAAUCCACAAUUUGUUCACUUCAUUAUGCCCAAAGUUGAACUGAAUCUAAGUCUAUCUUUGAGUGAAAUGAACCGUAUAUUGUCUCUGACUGAUGGAGACUCGUGGGAUGUGAACAGUCCUCAAGAUGUUAAUUUUGACAAGCUUCUAGACAGUCUUGAAACUUUCAUGGCUGGCCAACCAAGCUUUCAGUCAUUGGGUGUACAACAGCAACAAGCAUUGAAAUGCUGCCUAUUUUUGAUGACGGCUAUAUUUAACCAUCCACAAAAAAGUAUGCUACCCACUCUGCAACCAUUCCGAUUGAAUGUAACAUCUGAGUUACCUGUAGGCGGUGGGGCAGGUUCCUCUGCUUCAUUUUGUGUCUCCCUUGCUGCUUGUUUUGUGUUAAUUGCUAGUUUUAGGGCUGAGUCUGCCAAAGAAUUUUAUCUUAAUGAUGAAAAGAAAGAGUUAAUUUCACACUGGGCUUUCUUAGGAGAGCGAAUAACUCAUGGCAACCCUUCAGGUCUUGAUAACAGUGUAUGUACCUUCGGAUCUCUAAUAGCUUUCCGGCGCCCUAACAGUAUGGAAAAAAUUCCUCUCCAUAAGGGGGUACGUGUCUUACUUGUGGAUACAAAAGUAAGUCGCAACACCAAAACACUUGUGGAGCGUGUUGCACGACUGAAACAGCGACAUGAAACAAUUGUGAACACAAUCAUGAAGGCAAUGGAUGGAUUAAGCUCUGAGGCCAAAACAUUAAUUAAACAGCUGGAUGAAGCCAAAGUCAAUGAAUCUAAAGACAGUAUUACAGAUUUGUUUUCAAGGCUUGAGGAGGUGUGGUCAAUAAAUCACAGUCUUCUACAGUCCCUGGGAGUAAGCCAUCCAUCAUUAGAACGUAUCAUACAGAUAGCAAGGGAUCAUAAUCUCAGUGGAAAAUUGACAGGAGCUGGUGGAGGAGGUUUUGCUAUUAUCCUAGUUCCUGACAAUUCUGAUCUUGCAUCAGUGAAAAAGAAUCUGAUCAACAAUGGAUUUGAUGUGAGAGAUGUUGAACUAGGAGGACCUGGAGUGCAGUUACACCUCAGCUAACUUGAUGAUCUUGCGUGUUUUUAUAACAAUGGGUACUAUUAAAGGUUUCAGAAACAAAAUUUCUUUAAAA